AUGACCGGCCACACCCCCACCUGGACAUCCACCUUUGAUUAUGCACACACGUACGGGGUGUUGAACGCAUUUGAACGGUUCCAGAGGUUGGCGGACACUACUUCGUUCGUCACGCAUGUCGCCGCCGACAGUGUCAAACACCGAGGCUGGGUAUACGAUCACCAUGUCGCCGAGACGUAUGCCGCAAUUGCCUUUGCCGUGACCACCGCGGUCCAUGCUGUGCUCGACGACCUCAAGCCCGACUGGAAUGCGUACCCCGGCGGCCACAUAGUCUUCACCGAACGGCCCCUCGUACGAACAGAGAUGUACCAAGGCACGACCGAAAUGGCCCUCCUGGAGGCGCAUGCAGCCCAUUAUUAUGCGACAUCGACGGCGACAUCCGCAACUGCGCAUUGGAGCCUCCGCCGCCGCCUGGGCGCCGUCAUUUUGCUUGCUCUUCUCAGCAAGACGUGGCUGGGCUGUCUCUUGUGGCCAUUGGUGUCUUGGCUGGCAGAGCAGCAUCCGCUGCCGAACCCCCCGGGCUCUCCCAGUGGCAACAGCCGCUGCCCAAUGCCGCCGUCCGGCACGGUCAUCGAAGUCACAGAGGCUACCCAGUGCGCCACCACUGCUGUCAACGCGGCCAUCGAGGCGGCCCGGCCAGGCUGCACAAAGAAGGUCACGCGGAUGAACCUCGCAAAGCACAAGCAGGUAAACAAAUCGCCGUUUCGCUCGUCUGGGUACGCCUCCGAGACGACGAGCAAAGGCACCGUCGUCGCACCGACGCCGACGCCGACACCGGCGCCAGUGCGAAGCAGCGGACGAACAAGAGCGACAGACGUCAUUUUCCAUUUCGACGUCGACGACGUCCGCCGGCUGCAGCUGGCCGCCCAAGUCGCCGCCGCAGCCGGGACCGCCGCACUCGCCGUCGCCGCGGCCGUCCGCAACACCUACCCGGGGCUGUCGCGCAAAGCAGCAUCCGCCGCCGCUGCCGCCAGGGACGCCGCCGGUCGUGCAACCGCGCUGCGCAAGGCCCUGGUGGCGGAGUUCGCAGCCGUCGCACAAUGUCGCCUGACAAGACUCUCGUACAAGCCGGCCCACUGGGCCCAUAUGCUGGAGCUGUCUGGCGACCCGGACUGCAUCAAGGAACGCGACCGGGGCUACACACUCGAAUAUUCUUCUUCAUGGAUGCUGAUGCGCCAGUAUCAGCUGUAUGAAGACGAACUUCUCAAGCUGAUCAAAGAGGGAGCACUGUCCAUUGUGGACGAGAGCACGGCAGCCGAGGAUGAGGAUAGAAGCAGAAACUAUGAAAGUGAGGGUGACAGCGUGGACACGCUGGGACAGGACGAGCUCUUGUGA